ACAGAAUACCAUUUUGUUGGAAAAAUGAAUUACCCAAUUAACAAAACAAAUAGACUUUAAUUUGAUACAAGAUUGUUGCGCCACACACUUCUCAUAGUCAUAUAUUUGAUUACCGCCGACGCCUAUAGAAGCAGCUGAUGUUCCUUGAUUUAUUGGUGUUGAGUAAGUUCUGCUUCUUCAAGAUGCAAUCGUUUCCUCUUUUCUUCUCUUUUUAGACAACAAUUGGUAUGAAACUCAAGAUCUUAAGAACUCAUUCAAAUUGAAAAGCAUAUCAGUAUAUAAUCUUUAAACUUCCCUGAAUUUGUUUUCCAUUAGACAUGCUCUCUACAAGUAUAAUUAAUUUUUUUAUUGAUGAUUCUGAUUCUGAUGAUGAUAUUGAAAUGACAAUAUCUGCUAUAAGAGAAUCAGUCAAUAGAAAUAGGCGGGCGUCUUUAUAUCGCACAUCAGUUUAUAGGCGUACCUAUAUAUGGCGUAAUAGAAUGCAUGGCCAUUAUAAGCUUUAUCAUGACUACUUUGGAGAAAAUCCCGUUUAUUCUCCAAAUUUAUUUCGAAGGAGAUUUCGAAUGAGUCGACCUCUUUUUCUUCGUUUACAAUCUGCCAUAGAAGCUUAUGACCCGUAUUUUAUUCAAAAAAGAGAUGCUGCUGGAUUUUUGGGCUUGUCUUCUCUUCAAAAAAUUACUGCUGCAUUAAGAAUGCUUGCAUAUGGAGUUGCAGCUGAUUAUGUUGAUGAAUAUGUCAGAAUUGGUGAAAGCACUGCGAUUGAAAGUCUCAAAAAAUUUGUUGAGGCAAUAGUUUCAAUAUUUUCAGAAAGAUACAUGAGAUCGCCUACCAAAACUGAUACAGAUAGAUUAUUAAAAGAAGGUGAUAGUCGUGGAUUUCCUGGAAUGUUAGGAAGUAUUGAUUGUAUGCAUUGGAAAUGGAAAAAUUGUCCAGUUGCUUGGAAAGGGAUGUAUGUUGGUCAUGUUCGUGAGCCAACACUAGUUCUUGAAGCAAUCGCUUCGUAUGAUCUUUGGAUAUGGCCUGCAUUUUUUCGUUUACAAUCUGCCAUAGAAGCUUAUGACCCGUAUUUUAUUCAAAAAAGAGAUGCUGCUGGAUUUUUGGGCUUGUCUUCUCUUCAAAAAAUUACUGCUGCAUUAAGAAUGCUUGCAUAUGGAGUUGCAGCUGAUUAUGUUGAUGAAUAUGUCAGAAUUGGUGAAAGCACUGCGAUUGAAAGUCUCAAAAAAUUUGUUGAGGCAAUAGUUUCAAUAUUUUCAGAAAGAUACAUGAGAUCGCCUACCAAAACUGAUACAGAUAGAUUAUUAAAAGAAGGUGAUAGUCGUGGAUUUCCUGGAAUGUUAGGAAGUAUUGAUUGUAUGCAUUGGAAAUGGAAAAAUUGUCCAGUUGCUUGGAAAGGGAUGUAUGUUGGUCAUGUUCGUGAGCCAACACUAGUUCUUGAAGCAAUCGCUUCGUAUGAUCUUUGGAUAUGGCCUGCAUUUUUUGGACUACCAGGAUCACACAAUGACAUUAAUGUUUUAGAGCGAUCUUUCUUAUUCACAGAACUUGCUGAAGGACGAGCCCCUCCAGCAAACUAUUCGAUCAAUGGCCAUGAAUAUACAAUGGGAUACUACCUUGCUGAUGGUAUAUAUCCUUCAUGGUCAACAUUUGUAAAAACAAUUCCAUCACCUCAAACUAAUAAGCACAAACAGUUUGCUACAGCUCAAGAGUCGGCAAGAAAAGACGUUGAACGAGCAUUUGGAGUUUUGCAAGCACGAUUUUCCAUCGUUCGUGGACCAGCACGAUUUUGGCAUCGCAAAACUCUCAAAAGUAUUAUGAAAGCUUGUAUUAUAUUACAUAAUAUGAUAGUUGAAGAUGAAAGACAUGUUCAAAAUAUAGAUUAUAAUUAUGAUUCAUUUGAUGGCAUUCCUGAAAUAUCCGUCUCACCGGAGCGUUCAGCAGAGCUUUUGGAAUUUGUUCAAUGUCAUCGCCGGAUCAGGGAUAGAGAUACUCACUUUCAACUGCAACAAGAUCUAAUAGAGCACAUAUGGAAAACACAUGGAAGCCGGUAACUAAACGGCAAUAUUUCUAAAUAUUGCUUUCAGCUUGGAACUUGCAGAUUGAGAUAGUUUUAAGGAAGACUGAAAACUUCAACGAGUUGAUGGCUGCUGCUGCUGCGGCUGAAGAAAGGGACAUUACAGACGGAAAUUGCUGAUUUGUGUUGUUUUGCUAUUAUAAUUUGUGUUGUUUUGACUUCUAAUUACUCUAGCUCAUUUGUGUUGUUUUGCUGUUAUAAUUUGUGUUGUUUUGACUUCUAAUUACUCUAGCUCAUUUGUGUUGUUUUGCUGUUGUAUAGUGUUCUGGAAUGGGAUCAUUUCACUAUUUGAUGAAAGUUUGGUUAUUUUCCA